UCAUCACACAUCCACGCGCGCUCCCGCUUUCGCUGUGCGCUCACGUCCCUGAUACUUGCUACACAGAGUGUUGGGGCUCUAAAACCAAGAAACUGCGACUUGAGGGAAAAUAUUCUUGCAGGCAUCUGAUGUGCUGUUAAGUUGUCCUUUGUGAAGCUGAUGCGGAGAGUUAUGUUUUCUGCUGCAGUUUGGGAAAUAAACUUAAGCUGAGGAAGAGGAAAAAGGUUGUGUUUAUGUAUGAGUGAAACUGAGAUUGUUAAGAUGAACACGAUCGAUGAAGAGGGUGGUUUUCGAACCCGCCCCCCAUCCAGUCUAAAUGUGAAGAAGUUCUACAGCGAAAACGCAGAAGAGGUCCAGUCCCCGGAGUCUUUGAGGGGCUGCGCUUUGUCACCCGACCUGAGGCAGGACUUCAACAUGAUGGAGCAGAGAAAGAGAGUCACACAGAUUCUGCAGAGUCCAGAUUUUAAGGAGGAGCUGGAGUGUAUGGUAAAGGAGCAGAGCUCUAAAGGCAGCAACUCUAGUGGUUUACUCGGUCACAUCGCACACAUCAUCAGCAACACACUCAGCAACACUGGAGUGCACAGUCCCAGCAAUACAGGGUCAAUUAGUCCGGUGAAUGAUCUGUGUGGCAUGGAGUGGUUUAACUGUUCCAAAGCUGAAAGGCAGGGCCGCUGUAAACUGGCCUGCUUGUACCGUCUGCUGGACCUCUACGGACACACACACCUCCCAAAUACAUAUAUAACCCUUCGUAUCAACAAAGAACAGGAUCAUAUUCUUAUUCUCCCCAAAGGAUUGUCAUUCUCCGAGGCCACAGCAGCCAGUCUGGUGAAGGUAAAUCUGAUUGGUGAGGUGGUUGAUCAAGGGGCGACUGCACUACCUGUGGAUGUUUUGGGAUUUAAACCACAUUCUGCCAUAUAUUCUGCCAGACCAGAUGCCAAAUGUGUUGUACAUACAUACACGCCAAAUACAGCUGCAGUCUCUUCUAUGAAAUGUGGAAUCUUGCCCAUUACCCAUGAGGCUUUGCUGCUGGGGGAGGUGUCUUAUUUUAGCUACCAUGGUGAUUUAGCUGACGAGCAGGAGAAGAUGGAGCUUCAGAAAGCUUUGGGUCCCACUGCCAAGGUUUUAGUCUUGAGGAAUCAAGGUUUACUGGCGUUUGGAGAGACGAUAGAGGAAGCUUUUCACUAUCUCUAUCACUGCCACCAAGCCUGUGAGAUACAGGUUAGCGCUGUGCUAUCUGCAGGUGGCGUCAACAACCUGUGUGUGUUAGACAGAGCGAGUCUGAAAACAGCUCCGGCCAAAAAUCCCGGUGGACAAAUGCCAGAUGGACAGAUCAGAUGGAGGGUUGGAGAAGCAGAAUUUGAGUCGCUUAUGAGGAUGUUAGAUAACUUAGGUUACAGAACAGGUUACACUUACCGCCAUCCCAUAGUUAAAGAGAAGCCUCGACACCAUAAUGACGUGGAGAUCCCAGCAACCGUCACUGGGAUGGCACUAGAGGAAAAAGACACCUUUCCACAUAGUCCGCUGCACAUCCUGGGACAGAAACGGGACAGAGAGAGGAUACGAUGGCUGAAUUCACCCAACAGCUACUUAAAGGUUGAUGUACCAGAGGAGUCCUUCAACGGGACCUGCAGCCCCCGCACCAAAACUACGUGGCUGAAGUCAGAAGAAUCAGGAAGCUGCAAGGACACUCCAAUUAAGAUUGAGGACCCCAACCAGUUUGUCCCGCUUAAUACUAAUCCCACUGAAGUACUGGAAAAAAGAAAUAAGAUUCGAGAACAGAACAGAGCAGAUCUGAUGACAGCUGGACCCAAGUCUCAACUGCUGGCAGACAUUGUUAUUGACAAGCCUCCUGGACCAGCAUUCAUCUAUGAGGAUGAGGAGAAAACAGCUGCUCUACCACCCAACCCUUUUGACCAAUCAGAAGCAGAUCUACAGGCAUACACACAAACUGUGGAGAACAAGAACAGCCAAUCAGCUCUUCAGUCAGAAGCUGAUGAGGAGUUCACAGAUGGAGAAAUGACCACCUAUGAUGGCUCCACCAUAUCACUGUCCAUCUCGCCGCUCAUGAGUCCUGAAAGAGGAGACUGUCUCUCAGCUCUUCUGCAGAGCAGUGAUGGCGAUGACCUGACGCAGGAUGAAGAUCUCACUCUACAGGUCACUGAGCUCAGCCUCACUAAAGAGAUGCAGGUCUCCAUAACCACCACCGUCGCCAACAACAUUUCAGUCACCAGUUCUUCUGAAAGCCAGCAGAAGUCACCCAAAAAGAAGAAAAAGAAAUUUCGCACUCCGUCCUUCCUGCGCAUGUCCAAAAAGAAAGAGAGGAGAGAAAAGGAGAAGACAACAGAGACAGAGAAAAAGCCAGAAGAAAUGCAGAUAGAGGAAGAAAAGGAAACCAAGAAGGACUGAGUUAACGAUUCCAACUGUGCAGGGGAUUGUGGGUAAUGUAGUUUAAGGAGGAUCCUGGUGUUAAAUACAAGGAUUUGUGGGAAGACAAACAUUAGAAGUAAAGCAAUGACUUGUACAGUGCAUCCGGAAAGUAUUCCUAGUGCUUCAAUUUUUCCACAUUUUUUUUUU